AUGGCCGGACAUGCAUGCGGGGUCUUCACGGACGACAAGGUCACAGACUGGGACCAGCUCGAGUGGAACAAGUUUGACAUGAGCGCGUACGCGGUGGCAUUCGAGGUCGCGGACCGGGCGAACGCGCAGAAGAUAGUCAGCCAACCAGCGCGCUACGUGCCUAAGGCGCUGAAGAAAGGCAGGACGGAAGCCAGCGUCAAGAAUAUGACCAGCGAGCAGAAGGACCGGAUGAAGGCGGCGAUGCUCGUGAAGGUGCUCGACUGGACCGCGAACGACAAGCUCGAAUGGCUUCCAAUUCACACGAAGACGAAUCCCGCGGACGUCCUGAAGACGAGAUGGGCGUUGACCUGGAAAAAGGUGCGCAGCGACGAGAAGGGCGCGCACUGCGCCGUCGGCGCGCAGGCGGACGGUGAGGGCAGUCGACGCUGGAUGGACGUGGAGAUGAAGUUCCAAAAGGCACUUCGCUGGAUCCCCAGGGAAGAAGGACAGUUCAAGCCGGCUGGGCUGGCGGUCAGCCAGGACCUAAACGGGCGGACCACGAUCCAUCAAAAGGAGUUCAUCGACAACAUCAAGACGAUACCACGGUACCAAACGCAGUGCUCAGUCUUCCAGAGCAGAGGACCAACGGCGACCAUCGAGACGCUCUUCGGCAUCAAUAAGAUGAUUCGCCAGAUCAAGAUGGACCCGAACUACAAGCUGAGCGUCGAGCUGUUCAAGGGUACAACCAUGCUCGUGGGUUGGAGCGACGCAGCCUGGGCGAACCGUCCAGACGGCCUAUCUGCUGGCGGGUACGUGAUCGGCAUCGCCCCGGACGAGACUUUAAAGAACAAGCAGACUCCUAUCGGCUGGGCAUCAUAUCGCAAUGGCAAGCUACAGCGGGUGGCCGCCAGGAGCUCGCUGGCGGCCGAGGUCCAAGCUCUGACAGUCGCGGAGGACGAGCUGUUUAUGGUGCGCCUGAUGUGGGCCGAACUGAACGGAUUCGUCUCGGACGUGGCCAGGAAUGUCAAUGCAUGCCUUUGCGUGGACACGAAGAUCAUCUAUGAUUGUCUGGCGAAGCAGGUACAGAUGCAGACUUUGGCAGAGAAGCAGACAGCCCUGGAGCUGCUAGCUUGCGAAGGGUACAUCGAGAAGACUGGACUGAUCGUCAUAUGGUGCCGGUCCGAGGCGAACCUAAGCGACAGUCUUACAAAGGCAGCGGCCUUCGGGCCAAUUGAACUAUACAUGAGGACAGGAUGCUGGGCCCUAGUCGACGACGAGGAGCACCUCAGCGCCAAGAAGCGGAAGGAGAGAGGCCUCAUCCGACCCGAGACGAACAAGCGAGAUUUCGCCAGCCUCAUCCGAGACGCGUUCGAGCACGCGGAGAUCUCACUACCAGAUGCAGCAAACAGUGGUGAAGAAAACUAUCGGGAUCUGGUCUACAGCGGGCCCCCUGACCGAGGGCGACUUCUACUUCUGAGCGGCCGAGGCCGCGGUUGCGAGCAAGAAGUGUUUCAGAGACCUGGUGACCGGGAGCCCAAAGUUACAAAUUUUCUGCAGUACCAGAUGUGA